AUGCCUGAAGCUAUCAUCCCUCCCCAGAAGCGGGUGCUGAGCGAUGCGGCCAAUAAUUCUAACGGUAUCUUGAACUCUGCCAGCACUCUCAAAAAGCGGAAACUGGACAAUGAACCGCCUGUGAAGUUCACGCCAUCCUCGCAGAUUGCUCGGCGAAAGAUUGGCUCGACCCAACCGCAAAAAAGUCAAUUCGAGGAGGAGGUGCUCGAAAAGUUGACGCAGGACAUCGGCGACUUGAAAGAGAACAACUCAGAGAAGGACCAGCAGUGGGAGCGCCCCCCACUUGGUGACUUCGAUGAAGCCAAGGAAAACAUCUGCUUCCAACAGAUUGACGCGGAAGAAGCAAUGCUGAUGGGAAAGCCAGCUAUUCGGCUUUUCGGUGUCACCGAGGCCGGACAAUCGGUUUGCCUUCACGUCACUGGCUUCGAACAUUACCUCUACAUUGCCGCUCCUGUCAGCUUCACCAAAGCGGAUUGUGACCCUUACAAACAUUUCUUGGAGCAAAAGCUAGGCCAGAGCUUCACUGCAAUCUCGUCUGUGCAGCUUACAAUGCGCGAGAACAUCUACGGAUUUCAAGGGAACCAAAAGAGCUAUUAUAUUAAGAUUACGGUUACUGAGCCAAAAUUGGCCGCCCGACUGCGAAGUGCGUUAGAGACUGGCAGUGGAAGCAUGAACUACAAGGGUAUGUGGAGUGGCGCUGAUGGAAUCCUCACAUUUGACAAUAUUCAAUACCUUUUGCGCUUUAUGAUCGAUACUGGGCUGGCUGGAAUGGCUUGGGUCGAGGCAAUGGCUGGGAAAUAUCGCCUUCUUGGACAAAGUCAACGAUUGUCCAACUGCCAAAUCGAAGCUUGUGUCGACUAUCAGAAUAUGGUAGCUCAUUCACCGAACGGGGAAUGGGCUAAAAUGGCACCUCUCCGCGUCCUUUCCUUUGAUAUUGAGUGUGCUGGACGGAAAGGUAUCUUCCCAGAGCCCAACAUGGACCCCGUCAUCCAAAUCGCCAACGUCGUUACUCGAUACGGAGAGACGAAGCCUUUCAUCAGAAACGUCUUUGUCCUCGAUACAUGCAGUUUGAUCGUCAAUACCCAAAUCCUGGAAUUUGAAAAGGAAGAGAAGAUGCUCGACGCCUGGCGCGACUUUGUGGAAAAGGUGGACCCUGACGUUAUUAUCGGAUACAACAUUGCCAAUUUCGAUUUCCCAUACCUACUCGAUCGUGCCAAGCACUUGAAAUGCACAGGGUUCCCUUAUUGGACCAGACUGAAAGGUUUCAAGACAGAGGCCAAGGAUGCAAAUUUUUCGAGUAAGCAAAUGGGCAAUCGAGACACGAAGGCGACGAAUACAAACGGAAGAAUCCAACUUGAUCUUCUCCAAUUGGUUCAGAGAGAUCACCAAUUGAGAAGUUAUACCCUUAAUUCCGUGUCCUACGAGUUUUUGAAGGAGCAAAAGGAAGACGUUCACCACACCAUGAUCACUGAGCUGUUCAACGGUACCCCGGAUUCAAGACGACGACUCGCGGUAUACUGUUUGAAAGAUGCAUAUCUGCCACAGCGAUUAAUGGACAAAUUGAUGUGCCUUGUCAACUACACAGAGAUGGCAAGAGUCACAGGUGUACCGUUUAAUUUCCUCUUGUCUCGAGGACAGCAAGUCAAGUUCAUCAGUCAACUGUUCCGGAAAGCCCGGGAACAACAACUUGUUAUUCCCAAUUCCAAGCCCCAGGACGAGCAGGAUUACGAAGGUGCGACUGUUAUUGAGCCGAAGCGAGGAUACUAUGGAGUGCCCGUUGCAACCCUCGAUUUCGCAUCGCUAUACCCUUCAAUCAUUCAAGCACACAACCUCUGCUACACGACCUUGCUCAACAAGAGCAGCGUUGAGAAAUUGAACCUGAAGAAGGACGAAGAUUACAUCGUGACUCCAAAUGGAGACAUGUUUUGCACAACCAAAGUUCGCAAAGGCCUUUUGUCACAAAUUCUUGAAGAGCUGUUGUCAGCAAGAAAGCGCGCGAAGAAGGAGUUGGCUACCGAGACCGAUUCUUUCAAAAAGGCAGUGCUGAACGGUCGUCAACUCGCUUUGAAGAUCAGCGCAAACAGUGUCUACGGUCUGACUGGUGCCACAGUGGGUAAACUGCCUUGUCUUCCCAUUGCUAGUAGUACGACGAGUUACGGUCGUCAGAUGAUCGAGAAGACAAAGCAAGAGGUAGAAGCACGCUACACUAUCGCGAACGGUUACUCUCAUGAUGCUGAAGUCAUCUACGGUGACACUGAUUCCGUGAUGGUCAAAUUCGGCGUCACCGAACUGGCAGAUGCGAUGAAACUUGGCCAAGAAGCAGCAGACUUUGUUUCUUCCAAGUUCAUCACACCCAUCAAGCUUGAAUUCGAGAAAGUAUACUUCCCUUAUCUUUUGAUUAACAAGAAGCGAUACGCUGGACUGUACUGGACGAACCCCGACAAACAUGACAAGAUGGAUACAAAGGGUAUUGAGACCGUCCGACGUGAUAACUGCCUGAUGGUUCAAAAUGUCAUUGAAACCGUGCUGAACAAAAUCCUGAUUGACCGAGAUCUUGAUGGUGCACAAGACUACGUCAAAGCGACCAUUUCAGAUCUUCUCCAAAAUAAGAUCGAUAUGUCGAAACUGGUCAUCACAAAAGCACUGUCGAAACGCAAAGAGGACUACGCAGGCAAGCAAGCACACGUUGAACUUGCGGAGCGGAUGCACAAGCGUGACGCAGGUUCUGCGCCAACACUCGGUGAUCGUGUGGCCUACGUCAUGAUCAAGGGUUCUAGUGAUUCCAAAGGCUAUGAACGAGCAGAAGAUCCCAUCUUCGUUCUGGAAAACAACAUUCCCAUCGACACUAAGUACUACCUCGACAACCAGCUUACAAACCCACUCAACCGUAUCUUCGAACCCAUCUUGGGUGAGAAGAAGGCAGGGCAGUUGCUCACUGGCGAGCACACACGGUCUAUCACCAAAGCGGCGUCGAGCCUAGGCGGACUGAUGAAGUUUGCCAAGAAAACACAGACUUGCAUGGGUUGCAAGAAGCCCCUUUCCAGCAAGGACGAGAUGGAGGGUGCAGUCUGCUCAAACUGCCGCCCUCGCCUUGGUGAACUUUACACAAAGACUCUCACCAAGGUCUCCGAUCUCGAGGUUCGAUUCGGGCGCCUGUGGACUCAGUGCCAGCGGUGCCAAGGCAGUCUGCAUUGUGAGGUCAUCUGCUCAUCCCGUGACUGUCCGAUUUUCUACAUGCGCAUGAAAGCGAAGAAAGAUGUGGAAGAUUCACAGAAAGACCUGUCCCGAUUCGACUUUGAUGCUGGUGCUUGGUAA